UUUAGCCUAAUUGUCGCUCCUGAACUUUGCUACUUUUUUUCUAGAUCUAAAUAUAGAUUCAUAUUGUCAUCAAAUGUUUAUUCAAUAUUACAGGAUUACAUGUAUUUUGUAAGAAGACCAUGAGUCUGAAGAAAACGAACCGUAUCUCGUCGAGGCGCAAUAAAAGAUUGAAGAAGAACGCUACUGACAACUGACUGUAAUAUAUUUUAACAAAGUGUAUAUUUUAAUUGACGAAAUAUUAGUUGAAAUUAAUUUUGGUUUAUUGAUUUAAGAAUACGUUGUCUAUCGGAUCUAGGAACCUCUGUAUGUACAGUGUUAAUUAUAGUUUGUCUAUCUCGUAUCUAUACCAAGCAUACAAACCUCUCUUAUUUUAUCUUAUCACUAAUACAAUUUUAUAAAAGCUUUGUUACGUAAAUUUUGUGAAACGUUUUGUGUAAAUAAGGAAUUUCUCCCACAUUAUUACAUUAUACGCUAUAACAAAAUGGAUCUUUUGAGUAUUAUUGGCUUUAUAGUUAUAAUUUAUUAUCUUGUAUACAUGAUAGUUCCCUGGUUUUUAGAUUGUGAUAUAAAUCUUGCUUUGCAUGAAAAAUUUGGAAAACCUAUAAGUUCUUUACAAGGGAAAGUGGUAUGGAUAACUGGAGCAUCAAGUGGAAUCGGGGAAUAUCUUGCGUAUGUAUUAGCAGAAGCUGGCUGCAAGCUGAUUCUGUCAGCGAGAAGAGAAACAGAACUAGAAAGAGUAAAAGCUAAUUGCCUUCAAAAGAAUGCUAAUUUGCAAAGCUCAGAUAUCGAAAUACUUGUAAUGAAUGUUAGAGACACAAACAGUCAUGAAUCUGCAUUUAAUCAUAUUAUUGCUAAAUUUGAAAAAUUGGACAUAUUAGUAAGUAAUGCUGGAUGUUCACAACGAGCAGAAUGGGAAAAAAUUGACAUAAAUGUUGACAAAGAGAUGUUUGAUUUAAAUGUGUUCUCACACAUAGCUUUAAACAGAUUAGUAGCAAAGUACUUUCUUAACAGAGGUACAGGUCACUUUGUAAUUACUUCAAGCAUUGCUGGAAUUGCAUCAGUACCAUUUUCUGCUACUUACUGUGGAACUAAACAUGCAUUACAUGGUUAUUUUAACGCUUUUAUGAUUGAAAAACUAGGUAAAAAUGUUCAAGUCACAAUAGCAUGUCCAGGACCCAUUGAAACUAACUUUUUGUCACAAGCAUAUACAGAACAAAUUGGAAAAACAUAUGGUGAAGAAAUAAAUAAAAACUCGUUGAAUAAGCUUAGUCCCGAACGCUGUGCUAUAUUAAUGGGAAUUGCAAUAGCAAAUGGACUAACUGAAGUAUGGAUUAGUAGGGCACGUGUGCUUCAGUUAAUAUACCUGAGAUUGUAUUAUCCAAAUAUAGGAUCUUGGAUAUUUAGACUUUUGGGACCACGAUUUCUGCAACGUCUACGAGAUGAUAAAGCAACGAUUAAACAAGAACAAUGAGUAUAUUAUAUUUACAUUACAUAUUAACUUUUUUACCAUGCAUUCAUACUGUAUAAAAGUUUCUACUUUAAAGUCGUUUAAAAAUCACUUUAAUCACUUGUUUAUGGUAUCUGUAAAAACAAAGGUAUUAAAUAAAUUCAACAAAGACAGUAUGCUACAAUAUGAAAUCA